AUCCUCCCUUCCUGGCAUCACUCAGCCUGAACAUCAGCAGCCUCUCAUAAACCCUUCGAAUUCACUCCGGUACUUUCUCCAGGACUUUUCCCAAGACUUUCUCCAGGACCCUCCGGACAUGUCGGGCAUCGCGGCCGCCCUGCAGCACCGCCGGGAGAAGGACCAGGGCGUCGGCACCAACGACCAGGCGGUGAAGUACCUGAACCAGGACUACGAGGCUCUGCGGCAGAGCUGCUUGGAGUCGGGUCGACUGUUCCAGGACGACACGUUCCCGGCUUCGUGCUCCUCGUUGGGCUUUGACGAGCUGGGCCCGAGCUCCUACAAGGUCCGGGGUGUGACCUGGGAGAGACCCACGGAGCUGACCUCUGAGCCCGAGUUCAUCAUCUCUGGAGCCUCCAGGACCGACAUCUGUCAGGGAGCUCUGGGUGACUGCUGGCUGCUCGCUGCCAUCGCCUCCCUCACCCUCAACGAGGAAGUUCUAGCUCGAGUUGUCCCUCAUGGACAAAGUUUCAGGGAUGGAGAGUACGCUGGCAUCUUUCACUUUCAGUUCUGGCAGUUCGGUGAGUGGGUGGACGUGGUGAUCGACGACCGGCUGCCGGUCAAAGACGGAGAGCUGAUUUUCGUCCACUCGGCCGAGGGGAGGGAGUUCUGGAGCGCCCUCCUGGAGAAGGCCUACGCCAAGUUGAACGGUUGCUAUGAGGCUCUGUCUGGAGGAUCGACCACCGAAGGCUUUGAGGAUUUUACCGGAGGAAUCGCUGAGGUCCAUGACCUGGAUAAACCCAGUCCUAGCCUGUUCCACAUCAUCCAGAAGGCUCUGGGUCGAGGUUCUCUGAUGGGCUGCUCCAUCGACAUCACCAGCUCGGCCGACUCGGAGGCCGUCACCUCUCAGAAACUCGUCAAAGGACACGCCUACUCUGUGACAGGUGCAGCUGAGGUGGACUACCAGGGAGACCGGGAGAAGCUGAUCCGGAUCAGGAACCCCUGGGGUCAGGUGGAGUGGACCGGCGAUUGGAGCGACAACUCGAUGCAGUGGCGUUACAUCAGCGACGAGGACAGAGAACGUCUCAGCCACCGCUCAGAGGACGGAGAGUUCUGGAUGUCGUUCACUGACUUCCUGCGCCAUUACUCCCGGGUGGAGAUCUGUAACCUGACUCCUGACGCUCUGAGCGAUGACGGCGUCUCUAAAUGGGCUCUGUCCAAGUUUGAGGGCAACUGGAGGAGAGGAUCCACGGCCGGAGGCUGCAGGAACUACCCUGACACGUUCUGGACAAACCCUCAGUUUGUGAUCAGGCUGGAUGAGGAGGAUGACGACCCGGACGACAACGAGGUCGGCUGCAGCUUCGUGGUUGGUCUGAUCCAGAAGAACCGCAGACGCAUGAGGAAGAUGGGACAGGACAUGCACACGAUCGGCUUCGCCAUCUACGAGGUUCCUGAUGAGUACUCUGGACGGAGGAACGUUCACCUCGACAGGAACUUCUUCCUUCGCCACGCCUCCGCCGCUCGCUCUGAAACCUUCAUCAACCUGAGAGAGGUCUGCAGCCGCUUCUGUCUGCCGCCCGGAGAGUAUCUCAUCAUCCCGUCCACCUUCGAGCCGCAGAUGGACGGAGACUUCUGUGUCCGAGUGUUCUCAGAGAAACAGGCCGAAUUCCAAGUGCUGGACGACCCCAUCGAGUCCCGAGUCGAGCCGAUCAACAUCGACGAGGACGACGUGGACGAUCGUUUCAGACAACUGUUUGGACAGCUGGCAGGAGGGGACUGUGAGAUCAGCGUCUUUGAGCUUCAGAAGAUCCUGAACAAAGUCGUGACAAAACGUUCUGACAUCAAGACUGACGGCUUCAGCAUCGCCACCUGCCGCAACAUGGUCAACCUGCUGGACAAAGACGGCAGCGGUAAACUGGGUCUGGUGGAGUUUAAAAUACUUUGGACCAAAAUUGAGAACUUCCUGAACAUUUAUCGUGAGAAGGACGUGGACAAGUCGGGGACAAUGAGCUCCACAGAGAUGAGGACAGCAGUGGAAGAAGCUGGCUUCAGCCUGAACAGCCCUCUCCAUCAGAUCCUGGUGGCUCGCUACAGUGACCCAGACCUCACCAUAGACUUCGACAGCUUCGUCAGCUGUUUGGUUCGUCUGGAGACAAUGUUCAACACGUUCAACGCUCUGGACAAAGACGACUCUGGGACCGUGGAGCUCAAUCUGAUGGAGUGGCUCAACGUGUCCCUGCUCUGAAGAACCUGGUCCUGGUCUCAGUUCUGGAUCAGCUCUGCUCUUGUUUUUUUCUUGCUCCGAUAGUUCUGAUCGUGUACUGGUUCUGUUUUAACCGUAACGAGACAAUAAAGAUGUGACUGAG